UGGCCCUCCGGAAAGUGAGCCGGAGUUAGUGAGCGGAGUUAUCUGCGCCCGGGCCAGCGGGAAGAGAGGCUGCGGAGCCCCAGGAUCUUGCUAGCGGCGCGCCAAGCUCGGCCGGCCGCCUGAGCACCGCGCUGCCCGCGCCUCCCGCAUCUCCGCGCAGGAGGCGCCCGGGCCUGGCCGGGCACUGGCAGCUCCGCUACUCUCGGCAGCGUCCCUCUGUCCAGAUUCUCCAGGAAUCCGGCAGACACGGCAUUGAAGAGCUCCUAUGAGACCAGGUUUCCUCCCCAGAAUGGAUAAGACUGAGGCCCAGGACCCGGCCUCACAGGGGGACAAGGAGAAGGGCUCCCCCAAGAGCCACCCGUACUCAGUGGAAACGCCAUAUGGCUUCCGCUUGGACCUUGAUUUCCUCAAGUAUGUGGACGACAUCGAGAAGGGCCACACCAUCAGGAGAAUUCCGAUCCACAGAAGGGCCAAGCAGGCCAAAUUUAGCACUUUGCCUCGGAACUUCAGCCUCCCCAGCGGGGGUGAGCGUGCCCUGGCCACCCCACUGCUGCAGCACUGGUCCCCAGCAGUGCCCAGGAAGGGGUCCCUGGGGCCUCAGGAGCAAAGCCAGUGUCUAGUGCUGCAGGGCAGCACCUGGGCUGGGGGCAGCGAGCUGAGCCACCCCAGGAAGGCCCUGCUGGCUGAGGCCACAGGGCAGGGAGAGGAUGCAGUGCCCAGCUGUGCCAGUUCCCGGCCCCAGCUCCUGCGAGCAUCCAGCAUGCCAGCCACACUGCCACCUGGCAGGGCCUCAGAGGGGCCCUCUGCUCCCCCAGCACCUUCUCCACUCCAGGACACAGGCAGUUCCUGCGAUGGCACCUUCAGGCCUGCAGAGGGGGCUGCAGAUCUCCCUUGCGCCAGGCCAGCAGAACUAGCUGCUGAGACCGCCAAGGAGCCUGGGGACCAGGUGCUGGGUGUCCCUGAAGAGGCCACUCCACCAGCUGGAGAGGCACAGACUCCGGAUCGUCCCUCUCCCUCCUUCCAGAGUGCGCCUGUGGUCCAGGAGGACAUGAGGGAUGAAGGCCAGACCCCAAGUGCACAGCCUACACCCACGCCCGGCUCCUCCACCCCCAGCCCCCCACCUCUGCUGUCACCAGUCUCUGGGAGCGAGCUGGCCCUGGACAUUGAGCUGAGCAUCAAUGAGCUCCCCCCUCCACCACCACCCCUGGAGCUGGCUGUGCAGAGUGUCAGUGUGCAGGUCACGGAGGAAGCCCUGGGCUUGGAUGGUGGCCUGGGUCAGCAGCUCUGGGCCCUGCAGGGUGAGCUGGCCUGCCGUGCCGAGGAGCUAGCCAGCUGUGCCGAGGAGCUGGCUGGGGUCCGGGCAGCCCUGGAGGCCAAGGAGCAGAGGAUUUGUGAGCUGGAGUGCCUGGUGGCCCAGUUGGAGAAGAGCAGCAAGGACACCUGGGAUUCCUGGGGCCGUGUGGAUGCUACAGUGAGCACUGACCCUCCAUGCAGCCUGCGCUCCGUGGAGACCUGUGACAAGGGCGUCGGCAUGACCCUUCUGAGCCCCAUGGACUCUAGAAGCUGGGGAGCCCUGGGGGAUGAGGGGAGCCCCCCCUUCAUGACAGACAACGCCCAGUCAGGGGACCGGCGCCCGGCCCAGCUGCCCCUGCCACAGGGACCUGGGACUGUCCCCACCUCCCCUGUGCAUGGCUGUCCUUCCACAGAGCUCAGGAUUGAGGAGCCAGCCAGCUUGGCGCAGGAGCUGGAUGAAGGCCUGUCUGUGGAGGGCACCACAGGCAGUGACACAGAGACUGCCUCGGUGACUGGGGAGGAGGCCGACUCCCAGCACCCGGGGACCCUGCCUGGGUCCCCGCCUGAUGCUGCACUGGGACAGUACGUGAGGAAGAUCCAGGAGCUGCUGCAGGAGCAGUGGAGCUGCCUGGAGCACGGCUACCCCGAGCUGGCCAGCGCCCUGCGGCAGCCAGCCUCCAGGCUCAGCAGCAUCCGAGGCCAGCUGCUCAGCUCACUCAGCCUGCUGCUGUGGGCCUGUGCGGCCCAGGGCCCCCAGCAGGAGGCGGCAGGGUCCAUGUGCCCCCCACAGGAACUCUCCCCAUCGACCAGCCUUAAAUCCAUAAUGAAAAAGAAAGACCAUGGCUUCCGCGCAGGAGGUAAUGGGACCAAAAAGAACCUUCAGUUUGUUGGGGUUAACGGUGGCUACGAGACCACCUCCAGCGAGGAGACCAGUGGUGAGGACAGCUCCCCUGAGGACCUGUCUGACAGUGAGGCUGAGAAGAAGUGCAGCAACCCAGAGUGCAUGCGGGAUGGGGACACCCACCCUGACACCAGCCGCAGCGCAUCCCAGGAAAGUGGGACUGAGGAGGGAGCUCCCCAACCCAAGGCCGAGAGAAGCAAACCCUCAGAAGAGUUCCUCAGCGCAUGCCGGGCCCUGAGCCAACACCCACCAGAAGCCGCAGCCGUGGACCCACUCCUGGGCAAAAGCUGGAACACAGUCAGCCAAGAGUGGUUCCGGGUGUCCAGCCGGAAGUCAUCCAGCCCGGCCGUGGUGGCCGCCUACCUCCUCGGGGUGCAGCCACUCUCCCCACAUCUCCUGGGGCUGCUGGUCAACCUGGCAGAUGGCAACGGGAACACAGCGCUGCACUACAGCCUGUCCCACUCCAACUUCUCUGUCGCCAAGCUGCUGCUGGACACAGGCGUCUGCGCCGUGGACCACCAGAACAAAGCUGGCUACACCGCCGUGAUGAUCACGCCCUUGGCGUCUGCAGAGACCACCGAGGACUUGGCUGUGGUCUGGCAGCUCCUGCAGGAAGGCAACGUGAACAUCCAGGCCACACAGGGAGGCCAGACAGCGCUCAUGCUGGGGGUGAGCCACGACCGUGGGGACAUGGUACGCGCGCUGCUUCGCUGCCGGGCGGACAUCAAUCUGCAGGACCACGAGGGUGCCACGGCCCUCAUGCUGGCCUGUCGCCACGGCAACGCAGACCUGGUGCGGCUGCUCCUGGCCCAGCCGUCCUGUGACAGUAGCCUCGCUGACAAGGCCGGCCACACGGCCUUAUCCAUUGCACUGCAGUCGCCGGGCCAUGCAGAAAUCGCGGGGCUCCUGCGGGCCCAUGCGGAGCAGGCUGGGCGCCCGGGGUCAGAGAGACCGCCGCAGAACUAAGGCAGCACAGCCAGCACCUCCUGGGACGCGUCCCACCGAGAAGAGCCUGC